GUUGCGUAGUCUGCGUAGUAUGUCGCGUUAAACGUACCUCAAACGUAAGAAAGCGCGUAGUUGGUAGUCAACAAAGAAGCUUUCGAGUUUUGGAUGAGGAAAACAAAUAAAACACUCCAUGUAAAGGAGAGUAUCAUAGUUUCAUAAGUUAUGAAAAAUUAGCCAACAUCUGUAGGGGACCAAGAAACACCAAAAACAUUUAUGAGACACUGCACAAACAAGAAAUAAGGAAAAUAAACAGUAAAUAGAGGAAAUUUUAUGUAGAUUCAGGCAGAAAAGAAGAUAUGUAAUUUUAUUUGGAACCGGUACAACCGUCUUUUACUAUCUCGUAAAGAAGGUUUAGCCCGAGACAAGAUGCACGGGUCGGCUGGACUGCACUCGGCCAUGGCCAUCAAACGCCAGAGAAGAAGACGCGAACGCGAAGCCAAGAAGAGAGCUCUGGAAAGAAGACUCUCUUCCAAAACCAACAGCAUGGACAGCAUGGAGCACAUGACCCACAGAAGGCCCAGUUUCCACCAAGCAGAAAGCUAUCAAGUCUCCUCGAUAGGCCUCCUUCACAUCGGAGUCUGUUUUUUGGUACUAGGACUGUUCCUCAUUGGUUCCGGACUUCUUCCUGACGAUCUCCUCACCUGGAAAAGCGGCGGUUGGUGGAACGAACUCACCAUGACAGGAAUCUUUGUCACAGCCGUAGGAAUCUUCCUCAUAGGUCUCAACAAGAUCGUGAGCAGAAAAGAAGAGCAAGAACUUCAAGAAUACGUUCGCAGCCAACUCACCAGGUCCAGGAGUGGACACAGACUGGAAAGGGACAUUGAAACUGGAUGUCUGACCACUAAACACCACAGGAGACUUCUUGAACAGCAACGAGAAGACAAGAGCAAGUCAAACGGUACGGAGUUGGUUUCAGUUCAUUCUCCUUUGAGUAAGUCGGCUCCGGUAACAGUUCUGAACGGUGAAGCUCACUUGGAGAAGAUUAUGGAGGAGGAUAUGGAGAGGUGUGAGAUGGAGGUGAAGCCUUUGGAGUUGGUGAGGGAAACUAUGUCGACCACUACGACGGCUAGUGUCAGUCCAGGGACUCCGUCUGAGUCCAGGGAACUGUUGGCUAAUGGGAGGCAAUAUAGUUUCAAUUCUAGGCAAUAUUAAGAGUAUUGUGAAAAGUAAAAGUGUGGUUUAUUGGUUUGGGAUGCUCAAGUAGAUUUCAGGGGAUAAGAAAAUUGAUAAAAAAAAGAGAUUAAAGGAGGUAUUGUCGUAUAUUUUUACUAUACGGUGACUGAAGUUGGUUAAUUUGUACAGAGUGAGUCAACGAUGGAGUAAAAUGUUUUGAGAAUUACAGAAUGUUAAGAAACACAGUUCAAAAUUAUUUUUCAGUUUACAGGGUGUAACAAAAAUGUGUGGCGAAUAUAAUAUACGUUUUCUUAAAUGUGUCACGCUAUCUUUUGUUGUAUUUUUAGAUCUCUCUGGCUAAAAUUCUAUAUUUUUAUAUAGGGUGAGUCUUAAAUAACCGGUAAA